CAAACUUUCGCGAACGGACAAUUGUCGGACACAUCCCGCGAUUCCCGCCAAUUCCCGCGCAUCGCGCUAGACGAUCCACAGCCACAGCUCGACACUACACGAUCGAUCCCGCACUCCCGAUGACCGCGAUGACGCUUGGAAACGCACAAAUUACGCGAUAUGCGCGACGAUCACUUCGUGAUCGAUGGCAUUGUCAGGUGCUGCUUUCCCAAGUUACGUGAGACUCGAGUGCCAUCCCUGUACCUUUGGAAUCUGGAGUGUACUGGACAAUACAGGGAGACAGUCGCAGCGGGGCUUUAUUAAGCUUAUUAACGGAACAUACAAGGGUGGACGUAUCUACGUCGCGGUGGUCGGGGAAAAUAUAACCGCCGAGAGGGACGUGCGGAUGGAAGAUAUACACACGCGUGUAAGAACCAAGGGAAAUGAACGCUCAAAUGCGUAAGGGCCGCGGCGGAUUUGCUGGUAAGCUGACGGAACAGGAACGAUCCUCGUCUAAUCGCAUCCCUAGUCCUGAUUUAGGACGGGAUUUUAAUUACGAAGGUGAAUAAGCUUAAUGGGAGAUUCGCUAGCUUGUAUUAUACUGCAGCAAAACGCGUUCUAUCCCCACAUCGCGCAUUUCCACUUUGCAAAGAAAGGAGGGGAAGAAUCACUCGAAGGCUGGACUCAUCAUAUCGUGGCCACUGGGAGGCUGGGCCGUCCUGAGAAAUUAUGCGAUAACAUCGAUAAUUUUAUCGGUACUUCCCCCUUCGCCAAGAGAGGUGGUCUGAACGGCGACUGAUCGUCGUUGACCAGACUACGUUCUACGACCGAUGCACUUUGAAUAGAAAUGGAAUCCCACGAGUAUAUCCCAACGUAUAUCCCGAUGUAUAUCGCGUGUGUCAGCUUGUGAUCUGGGAAAUUUGCAAACGUCAAUGAAAGUAACGGUAACGGUCGUCGGCCGGACGACGGAAACUCUGAAGAAAGAACGUCAUCGUCGACGAGGGGCACUAUCACGUUGGAGAUUCCGCCGCGGAGAUCACGGUGCGAAAAGUGGCGCGACGUGGGGCGGGCGGUUUGCGUGGUGGGAGCGCUGGAGCGUAGCUUGUUCCUGCCACCGAGGGGCGUCAGUUCGGGGGCAGAAGUGGAGGCGGGGGUCCAGAAUCGCGGGGCUUAGGCCGUCCCGGGCCGCUUACGCGCGGAACACGCGGUCCACCGAGCCGCUCCGCGCGGCAUUACGUCGCGCACCGUCGACCGCGACUGACGUUCGCGCGAGAGGAUCGUCAACCGGCCGCUACACCGACAAUCGCGAUCAUGACUCGGUUCGUUGCCAGAAGGAAAUGUCAAGAGGCGUUAUGUAGGAAAAGUGCGCUGUUUAUCCAAGUGUAACGCCGUGACGUUAUAUCGGAUUCGAGAAAUCGUCACCUACGUCAUCUCGUUGCGACUACCUGUAGGAAUAGAAAUCUCGACAGAUGAUUUAACUAGUGUCAUCGGCGAUAGUGUUUCUAAAGAGAUAGGGAGGGAGAGGGAGAGAGAGAGAGAUUUCAAUGUGGUAACAAGAAUGUUGGUGACAAUUUAAGAUAUUAAAUGUUAAUAAAUUGACGAUAGACACAGUGACAAUGUAUUUCAAAUUACCGGUCUCUCUGAUCGCGCUUCGCGCAAGAAGUGCAACGGUACAUCGCAAGACUCAGUUGAAAACAGCUGCUGCAUCGAUCCAUGGAUCAAGACCGGAACGCAAUUUCGCCGUGUUAAGCCUGUAGUGAUGAUCUCGCGACCGAUCAUGAAAAUCGAUGCAAUCGAGAAGAAGGAACGACUUAUUGAUUACGAAACGACUUAUCGACGGCGAAAGACCUGCUGCGGAGGCUGGUAGCGAGGCACGACCAAGUCGCCUCCGUCUGCGAAGUAAGUGAAAUCACGACGUCCCAGCCGGGGGGUGCGUGCUUGGGCGACGAGGGGCGGCUACUGGCCGAUGGGAUGCAUCUACCGGUGGGUUCCGUGGGCUGCGGGGAGAAUUACGGCACCGUUGGAUCUCACGAAGGCGCCGGCCCGUGUGGUCCCUCCCUGGCGCCGCUGCAAGGUGUAAACAGCAGGUACCACCAAGUAGACGACGCCGACACCGGAGGUGGAGGCGGCGAAAUGAGCGAAAGUGCCGCCGUCGGCGAACUAUGGUGGACCGAAAGGCUCGUCGGCGAAGCGCAAGCCGAACAUCCUGGAGAACUGGUCAGGACAGGGUCGCCGUACUUUCUGUGCAGUCAACUACCGACGCACUGGCGAUCCAACAAAACGCUUCCAGUGGCAUUUAAAGUAGUUGCCCUCGGCGAGGUUGGCGAUGGGACUCUGGUGACAGUUCGCGCUGGUAACGACGAGAACUGUUGCGCCGAAUUGCGAAACUCUACCGCGUUGAUGAAGAAUCAAGUCGCUAAAUUUAACGACCUUAGAUUCGUCGGCAGGAGCGGCAGGGGAAAGAGCUUCAGCAUCACCAUUACUGUGUCGACGUCGCCACCCCAAGUAGCAACCUACACGAGGGCGAUUAAGGUGACCGUCGAUGGACCACGGGAGCCACGAUCGAAAACGAGGCAGCAACAUCAGCAAUUCCGUGCGCUCGGUCUAGGACAAAGACCUUUCCUCGACGCGCCGACCUCGUUCAGGUCCCACCUGCGGGAACUCGAAUCCUUCGGGAGGAAUAAGCAUCACCAUCAUCACAGCAGCAGUCACUUACACGACCAGCAGACUGGCAACAACGUCACCACGAAUUCGGUUAGCGGUGCCUGCACCAACCCCAACAACACCGACCCGACCGCAUCACCGGCUUCCAGUACACACCUCGGGGCUACCGGUGGCUCUUCUGUUCAUCAGGAUUGCUACAAGCGCAGUCCUCAACACGGCGAUACGGGUAUAGGUUCCACAGAAUGGACCUAUCCAUCCACAGCACCGUCUUAUCCAGCUCCUCCGGUCAGCAGCGGUGGUUCCUAUUCCCCUUUACCCGGCGGUGCAUUUUCAUAUCCGGGGGAAUCACUGUCGCAUCAUCCAACGACGGAACCGGUGCCAUUACCAACUGUACUUCCUUCGGAAACUCAACAGGACACCUACACGCCGAAUUGCGUUUCCAUGUACUCAGGACACGGCACUUCGCCGACCACGUCCUUGCCCUUGGUGCCGACCAGACCCAGCGACCCUGACAUCUUUGCCGGUGGUGGCACGGGCAGUGCGGGUAGCCCGGGUUACCAUUACAGUUCCUGGACACCUGGCCCGGCGACCCCGGUCCCAGUGGCUUCUCACAAUUACAACCCCAAUUAUCAAGGCUACUACAACAAUCCGGGUCAGAAUUACAUUACGGGUCCGGCACCAAUGGUCCUCUAUCCUCAGCUCUACAGCACCGUCAAUCAAAACCAGAUUCAUCUGCAUCUGCAUGGCGAUUUGAGCGAGGAACAAGUCACCAUAGCAGGUGGCAAUCUUACCAUCAGUAGCAUCCGAGAGAUCGGCGUACUCGGCGAGGAGAGCGAGCAGAGAAACGAUGUGUGGAGACCGUAUUAAAAAGAAGAGAUCUCUGUUAAUAUAAUUAAAAUUGCCAGAGCGGCAUAUCAUAUACGAACAAUGCGCGAAUUUCCAAGUGUGGCAAUGUAAUUUCUAAUUAGUGCUCUAAUUAGUGUAACAUAUAACAAAGACAGCAGGAUCUGUACCAAGUACCAAGUUACAGAAGAAGGACGUGCAUAAGACAAUUGCUGUAUGAAUAGCAAUAUUUCUUCGGGUCAUCCACGGGUUACGCGAACUAUCGCGUCUGUAAGAACCCAGUUGGUGAAUGAUAUCCGGUGUUUCGUAGUGAUCGCGUAUAUGAAAGUGAAAAUAAUUGACUCAUUCACGUUGAGUGGAUGAACGUUUCACGAACGUUAACACGAAGUGAAACAAACUUUACUUAAAAAAUUCUUCAAUUUAUGAAAAAUCAACCAUUAAUGGAAAAUUUCAUUAAACGAAACUAUAAUAAUAACGAAACUAAUCAAUGAGUGAAGAAUCAUCAUUGUGCGCACAAAAGUGGAAAGCCUCUUGGUGUUUCGUAGUGAUCGCGUCUAUGAAAUUAUUGAUUCAUUCAUGUUGAACAUGAGAUCAAGUGAAACACAAACUUUACUAAAAAGAAUUUACUUAAAAGAUCAACGAGCAUCUAUGAGAUCUCGUUAAACAAAAUUGAUGAAACUAAUCAAUGACUGGAGAAUCGUUUUGUGCGCACAAAAAGAGAUUCAUCUUCAUUCGAUUGUUUCUUAAAACGAGUUAAGAAUCAGAUCACGAAAAUAUCGGUUGAUUCUUGAGAAGUUAGUCAAACCCUGUAACGUUGUAAAUAUAUACACAUAUUUUCAGAAAUGAAAUAAAUUUGUCCGAUAGGUUUCUA